AUGCUGCUGCUCCCGCUGCUCCUGGAGGCCACCCUGCUGCGGCUGGCCAGCAGCUCCCACCACCCCUUCUACAACGGCUUCUACUACAACCACAUCAUGAACGACAAGGGCAGCGGGCAGGAGAAAGUGGUUUACUUCAACGGGGCCAAGCUUGUGGUGGAGACCCCCAAAGACCCUGUCUACAGCUCUAAUGGCGCCAAUGUUACCCUGCCCUGCCACUACCAUUACGAGCCUGACCUGGAGGCCAAGCGCAAGAUCCGCAUCAAGUGGUCCAAGCUUCGGGACGACUAUACCAAGGAGCAGGACGUGCUGGUAGCCAUCGGCAAGACCUACGUGGCCUUUGGGGACUUCCGGGGCCGUGCUCACCUCCACCAGGCUGGCCGGCGCGAGGCCUCGCUGGUUGUCAGCGACGUGCGCUUGCAGGAUGAUGGCAAAUACCGCUGCGAGGUCAUCGAUGGACUGGAGGAUGAGAGCGAUGUGGUGGACCUCCGGCUGCAAGGCGUCGUGUUCCCCUACCAGCCUCCCCACGGACAGUACAGGCUCAACUUCCACGAAGCCGAGCGAGUGUGCCAGGAGCAGGGUGCCAUCCUCGCCACCUUCAACCAGCUCUUCCAGGCCUGGAGCGAGGGGCUGGACUGGUGCAACGCGGGCUGGCUGGCUGACGGCACCGUGCAGUACCCCAUCCGCCUGCCCCGCAAGCCCUGCGGCGGGCUGCAGCUCGCCCCAGGCAUCCGCAGCUACGGCCCGCGCCACCGGCACCUGCACCGCUUUGAUGCCUUCUGCUUCUCCUCCGCGCUCAGAGGAGAGGUUUUCUACCUGGACCGCCCGGCCGGGAUGACACUGGAGGAGGCCAAGCAGAGCUGCCAGGACGCGGGGGGCGAGAUCGCCCGGGUGGGGCAGCUCUACUCCGCUUGGAAGUUCCUGGGGCUGGACCGCUGCGAUGCCGGCUGGCUGGCGGAUGGCAGCAUCCGCUACCCCAUUGCCAAGCCCCGGGCCAACUGCGGCCCCGCAGAGCCUGGUGUCCGCAGCUUCGGCUUCCCCAGCAAGGGCAGAUUUGGGGUCUUCUGCUACAAGGAGAGAUAAGGAGCCGGGAGGGCUCCCUGGCCGGAGGAUGUUUCCAGCCUGACGGUGCCCAGCGUCGGGUGUUUCCCAGGGCUGU